AUGAUUUACCAUUCAGGUCCUAAAAAAAUUAUUUUUUUUAUUUAUUUGAAUCUCAAAACAUUAUUCAGGUCUCAAAACAAUGAUUUAUCAUUCAGGUCUCGAAACAAUGAUUUAUCAUACAGGUCUCGAAACAAUGACUUAUCAUUUAGGUCUCGAAACAAUGAUUUAUCAUACAGGUCUCGAAACAAUGAUUUAUCAUUCAGGUCUUGA